AUGGAGAAUUCGGGUCCGGUGGUACUUGAUAUUAGCUCCGACGAGGAGGCGGAUUUUGGAGGGGCCAGCAAAGGCGGCGGCUUUGGAGGGCGUGGGUUUUUGGACCGGGAUGAUUGUGAGUGGCUGUCGGAGAUUUUGUGUGAAGUGGGUGGGAAUAAUAAGGGCGAUGAUUCCGAUGACGUCGUGUUGAUCGGUGAGACUUUUCAAAAUCCUCCCAAGAAAUCGAGGUGGGAUCCUUUGAGGCCUUGUGGUAAAUUUGCCGGUGGUGGUGGUGGUGGUGCUGCUGCUGAUGAUGAUGAUUGUGUGGUUUUGGAAGGUGAUCCUGAUAAACCGGUGGCCGUGGCUGCACCUGCACAGACGGCAAACGGUGUUAAGGGAGAUGGUGAUGAUGGAGAUGAUGUGGAAAUUGUUGCUGAAAAAGGCGAGGUUGCAUGCAGAGACUUCCCUCACGCUCGGCAUCUUUGUGCUAAAUUUCUCUUUGCUUCAACUGUGCAUGAGAUCCAUUGUAGCCAGUGCCACUGUUACGUGUGCGACUCAGUGGCACCAUGCCCUCACUGGGGGACUGGAGCUUCUAGCGUUGACCACUGCCAUGCGACCGAUAAAGACGAUUACUGGCGGGCCGAGCGUAAACGUACCAAGAAUGCCCUGAAUCCCGCGCCAACUGUCCCCCACCUCACCAACACCGGCCCAGCUGGACCCAUUUUUGCUCAGAUAUGGGCCCCACCGCGGCCUGUCCCCACCCGGGUCCCCACCAUGCCAUCGGGCUUCAGCAGGCCCGUCGCUGUCCCGGUCCAUCAAGUCCGGCCCCAUGUGGCCCCGGUUUACAGGCCGCAGCCCCCCUCGGCCUUGAGGCAAAAUCCAAUCUUGAGGCAGCCCCCCUCGGCCGCAGCCCCGGUCCUCCCACCACUUGGGUCCCAUCGGCCGAGAAACGACCCCAUGGCAGGUAUCAAGAAAAUUCUCAAGGAGAGGCGGCGCAUGCCCGUGGCCCCCUCCGUGCACCGUACCACAUGCCAAAGAAGUCCCGGGACCCAUUUUUCUAAUUCUCGGCCGGUCAAUGUGGGCCUCGUGAGUUGCAGCCCCUCUCAGAAUCCAGUAGUAAGUUCUUUAAUGACAUGUCAGCCGGGCUUUGGAAACAAAUUUGAUAAUCCGAAUUUCCCCAAGACCCACGUGCUUCAGCCCUGUGCUAAUAAUAUUUCGGUUUAUGCUGCUAAUAAAAAUGUACCGGGUUCAAGAUUCGUGAGCCCCACCAAUCAAAGCGCGGGAAAUAACUUUUCUCAACCUCAGCAGGUGCCUUUUGUUGCACCAUUUGGUUCUCAGCAAGUUAGUCAGGCUCUCAACAGCAUAAAUUCGAGCCUGAGUGAUUUGAACUCACAGGUUUUGCAGCAAUGGCAGAGCGUGUGGCCUGCUGCUGCUGACUCUAAUAAGUGCCAGGGUGUUGUUGAGGACAGCAGUCAGAUUAAAGGGCCUGUGGACAAUUUCCAACAAGGUUCGGUUUUAGCUGAUAAUUCCUGCUUUCCCGAAAGCACAAUAAAUUACGACGUGUUGGAUUUGCAGUUUGAUGAUUGGAUGUUUGAGAAUGAGUCUUUACAGGGAGCUAUGGAAGCGCCCGUGUCGCCCCUUUGGAAUGCGUUAUCACCGGAACCCACUUCAUUAGUUGACACCGGUAAUUUGUUCGAUAUUUGA